AUAUGAAAUAUAGAGGCGGGCGUCAACAACAUUUAUAGAGACCGUCCCUGAGCCAGGCUGAUGCUGGAGAAUCUGUCAGUUGUCAGGCGAGUGUAGCAGUCAUCGGGAGGACAAACACUUCAUGCAAACUGCACCUACUAUCAAGAAGUCAGAGUGAAGAAACACACCAUUUACAGGCACAAUGCCUCAAGAUGACCAAAUGUAUGUCAAUGUCGUGAAGCAGGAUAUAGUGAAGUAUGAUGUGACAGUGAAGAGUCUUAUACAGGAAAUACGUGACCAUAGUGGAUCUCAGGCUGAACUGGAUGAUAUUGGAUCUUUGGUUCGCUCGCGUAUCUGUCAGCUUCGAGAGCAAAUUGAUGAAUUGAAGCGUUUAGCACAGGAACAAGAUAGUGAAGUGGAUCGUAUUGCACUGGCCGAGGAAGCUGCCAAGAGUGACAAAAUGCUUCAGGACAACCACAGAGCCUUUCGAAAUGCUCUCCUUGCCUCUCAGCUUGCCAUUAAUCAGCGAAGUAAAGAUGAACUCUUUACCAACACUGAGCUGAGUGAAGAGGGCGAAGCUGGUAUUCGUCAACGAGACCGAAUGAGCAGAGAAAUGUUAAUGAAGAAGUCUUCCCAACUUUCGGAUGAUCUGCUCACUGUAACACGGUUGAUAAGAGACAAUACAGAAAAGAGCCGCACUACUGUUGAUAAACUAGUGGAAGGAUCACAAACUAUUGGAACAACCCAAGAGGAGCUCAAGACCAUGGGAUCCGUUAUUAGUCAAGGAAGGAAAAUUCUAAAUAAAUAUGGGCGAAGGGAGAAUACAGACAAAUUACUGAUAUUUCUUGGGUUAGUAUUUUUCUUUGCUUCUUGCCUUGUUGUUUUGAGAAACAGAUUUAUCUUUUGAUUAAAGUAACUGCAAAAUUAUGGCCUUUUAACAUAUAUUGUUCUUGAUUUGAAAAGCUGAAUUAAAUAGCAUACGUUUUAUUUUUUCAUAAUUUGUUGUGAUUAAUAAGUGGCUAUCAUAGAUGCCUUACUGCCACUGGGUUAGUAACUCCUUCAGGGUGGAUUCAUACCAUAUAAAAAACUAAAUAGUUUUACCAUUUGCACGCUCACACAAAAAAUAAAAUUAAAGUGAGGAAACACAUUUGUAAAAAUUAUAAAUACAGUAUAUGUAUUGACACUAUGGAUUGUAAAAGUUAAAAGGCAUUAUAUGAAUAUGUGUAGUGUUUGGCUCAGCCUCCCAGAAUGCAUCAAGCCAUUUCUCUCAAGCUGCACUAUAUGUAGUGCAAACAUUUUUAUGAUAGGUGUUCUGUUUGACAAAGACUUCAUUCUAGAAAUACUGUAUUAAACAUAUCUGGCACCAUAUUUUAUAUUAUAAUUGGUGCCAAUAACUUAUUAGUCAACCUGGUAUAGUUAAUUGCCAUAUUUUCCAGCUCUACCAUGGCCAAAGUUAGUAUACAGUAGUAACAAUUUUUUUUUUCAUAUUUUAAUAAGAUUAGAAAGAAAUCUAUUUCUUUUGAAUUUAUUUGUUCUUGAGCAUCUGGGGCUUGUCAGCUAAACAAGUGAACAGUGCAGGGGUUAACCCACAUGAGAAAUAUGCCUGGAUAAGAUUUUAUCAGAAUAUUCAGAUAGUCAGAUAGACAUGGUUACAAUGUAAAACAUUUAUGGACUAAUGUUUUGACCCAUGGCAUCCUUCAAAAAGAUAAUUUGACCAAGUGUUUUGUACUUUCAUCCUUUAUUCUACAAUCGCCAUCAAAACACUAUUUAUUGUUAUCACUCGCUGAUUGUUAACACUUGGCAGUUCAGCACCACACAUUCCCGACUAAACUUGCUGGGCUCUUCAAGCUGGCUAGCAAUGUGAAAAAUAUUACCAGCUUUUUUCCCAAGGCAUUAAGUUGUCAGUUAUUAGCAUCACAGAACAGGUAGAUCAUAGUUAUAUAGAUUUAUUUAUCAAUAUGCACACAAUGUUAUAUUCUUUGAACAAUAAAACAUACAGAUUU